AUGUCGUGGGUUCCGACCCUGGUACCUGCCACUACCUUUUAUCACCCUUGUGCUGUUCUGGGUCAACCCUUUCCCAUACAAAGGCCUGUGGCCUAUACUAAAGGCAAGGAUUCUUGUUCAAGAGAAUCGAAAAAGAAGGAAGCUACUAUUCAUCUUCAACCAGACAUAUUAAACGACUUAAACCUAGAAAACACCAAACAAGAGGUAAAAUUAGAAAACAAUAACUUAAACCCUAAUGCUUCAAGGGGAGGUCGUGGGGGUGGGUCCAAAGGCCCACGACGAACGGGGCGUCAAGGAGGGAGUGGGGGUAAUAGGGGAGGAAGAGAGGGUAUGAGAAAGAGACAUCCCAAUUUUGCAGCUCGAAACAGGAAAAUUGGGAAGGGAGGACCAACUGGAAAAGGAGGACUAAGUGGAACACGGAAAAGAAUGCCUACAGUUCCCCGUCGUCCAAGAGACGGUGGAGAUGAACCGGAAGAUUACUAUCAAGAAGUAGACCCAAUGACUGGUCGUACUAAGAGAAAACAGAGACCUAAAUCUGACGAGGCAAAAGAGAAAGCUCGUAAGCGAAAGGAAGAGGAUACAUUUAGAAAGUCAUUCAAGAAAAAGCGACCUGGACCUAAGGCAAAAGAUAAGAAAGAUAUGAAGGAAAAGAUCAAACGAUUUUGGAGGGAAACGCCUAAGCCGAAGGGUAAGAAAGUGCCAAAAUUUAUCGGAGAUGGGCUUGAGUCCGAAAAGGAGCAAAGUAUAUCAGAACCCGAAGACUUUGACGAUCUACGAAUGCCAUCAAAAGAACAAAUAAGGAAACUAGAGAAGGCUAAAAGAAAGGAGAUUCAACGAAAGCAAAAGAAACAUGAACGAAAACAAGCUUCCAAGGAGUUUGACGAGUUUACUUCAAACAAUCUUCUACAGGGGAGAGAAGGAAAAGAGGUUGACGAAUACGUACCAACUCUUUCGGAGCUGGAAGAAAUGGAUGGUGAGGUAAAAUCAAUCAUAAAUAAAGCAGAAGCUGACAGCAAUAAUGAACUCAUUUAUGAUACAUCACCACAGUUGAAAUCAGAAAUAAAACCAAAGAAGGGUCAAAAACUUAUUAAGGAUGAAGAGGAUUUAGAUUUGGAAUCAGAGCAGAACGAGGAAUAUGAUUACGCAGCAUUUUUGGAGCAGAAAGAGCAAUUCGAAAAGUUCAGUGGUGUUAUGGAAACCUCCCAAAACAAUUAUCAUAUAGAUGAUACGGAGGUAGAAGAAGAUAAUAAAAUAAUUAGCCGGGAGGAAGAUAAAGCAAAGACAUACCUUUCUUCAAAAUGGAAUGAGGAAGACAGUUACAACAGCGACUUUAAAAAAGAGACAGAUUCAGUAGCAAAUGAAAUUGCUCAGGAUGAAAAAUGGUCAAAAUACCGCAAAGAUGUAGCCUUGAAAGCUUCUAAAAGAUCUUUGUUGGUGCCUGGAAUAAAGAUACCACGGAAUAAAUUGCAUGAGAUGAAAGAUGUAGCUGAGGAUACUCGUCUAGCUGAUGAUAUCAGUACUGGAACUCUUAACGAAAAGGAUGCUUCCAACUAUUUGGAUGGUGAUUCAUUAAAUGAACUUGAUCAAGAGAUUGACGAUCCAAAGAUAAUGCAAGAGUUCGAGAAAGAUUACGAGGAUAUCAAGGAAUACCUAAUGAAAAAAUCUGCAUCUAAUGAUGAAAGUGAGAGAGAAUCUAAGGAUGGGAAGAAUGAUGAUUCAGGUAGUGAACUGGAAUCUGCGUCAGAUGAAGACGAAGUAUGGGAUAGAAACCAGAAAAGGUUUCGAAAACAAUUGAGGAAAAAAAGGAAAAAGACUUCCGUUUCUACCCUUUACAUUGAUAGCGAAGACCACAAUAUAAAUACAGACAGCCAAUUGACUGAGUGCGGUGAAAAUGCAUUGGAAAAUAUGUUAGAGAAUCAAUAUUCACAGAAUGGCGUAGUAAAUAGAAACAAAUUAGGUAAGAAAGAUAGGACUGUGAGAGAUACACCUGUAUCACCGCUAAAACCAACGGGAUCAAUUGUUGACGAGAAAUUAGACUUACUACGUAGUAGAAUCAAAAAGUUCCCGGGUAAAAAUAAUGAAGAGGUUCCUCUAGAUGAUGUUUUGCAGCAUUUUUAUAAUGAUGAUGAUCCAAUGGUUAAAUUUCAAGAGGAUAUUUCGGAGGAAGAAUGGCAGGAUAAAAGUGUCGCAAAAAAAAUAAAUAUCAAUGAUUAUGAUAACUACGAUGUUCCGUUAUCCGGAAAUAAAGUUUCCACGGAUUUUGGAAAUGCUUCUCAGAGUAAGGAAAAUAAAGAUGUUCACAAGAGAACUAACGACGAUGAGUCUGAAAGCACGGACCUAUCCGAGGACGCAAGUAGUUCGGACAGCUAUCGCGAAGAAUACGACAUAGCUUUGAUGGCUGGCCUUCGAUCUGACAGAAUCCGGGUAUUUGACAGAAACGUGGAAAUGUACGCUGAUCAAGACCAUCAAGCUAAAAGAUUUCAUGCGAAUGAAUAUCAAGGAGAAAAAACUCUUACUGAUAUAGAGUAUGAAAGAUCGAAAACCAAACAUUUGGACGGUAAAAAACUAUGUGAUGACGAUAUAUUAAUGUUGACUGAAAAUGAAGAGCCUAAACAAAGAAUAAAGAAAAGUGAAAAGAAACGUUCAGAAGUCAACACAACCAUUGUAGAUGAAUUUGAUACUAUUAACGUUGAUGAAAAUUCAACAAUUAAUCAAACAAAUGUUUUGGAGCCAGAAUUAUCGAAUGGUAAUGAAAUAGGAAAUCCUGAACCAAAUGUAUCUAAGGAAGAAGAUAGUUUAAAUCUUGAAGUAUUACACCCCUUUGAGAUUGAGAAUCGAUCCCAAAUAAAAUCAGAAAUUAAUAUUACAGACCCGUUAACAAUGUCUGACGAUAGAGUCGAGAAUACUUCGCUUGAAGCGGAAGAAUCUAAGAUACAAGACAAAACCAACGGUUUGGGAAGCAGUGGUGAAAAAGAGGAAGCAGAACCAGCAAAUGAAGAGGAAGAAAGGACCAUGGAAACUUUUCAGAAAGAAUGGGAUAGUUAUGUAACGGCAAUGAGGGAUUGUGUUCCGAACGUUGACAUUGAAAGUGAGCUGCCUACUGCAGGUUCCUCUGCAGAAGAAGAAGAAGAAGAAGAAGAAGAAGAAGAGGGAGAAGAUAACCGAUACAACCCUAACAUAAAAUCAUUCGAAACUGAAAACAGAGAGGAAGAAAAACUUACACAAGACAGUAAACCCGUUUCAACUGGAGAACCUGUAAUGGAAGAGUUGCCAGACAAUAAAGGACAAACUGGCGUAGUACAAGGUAGAGACGCAGUUAGUUCAAAUGGGUUAGUAGAAACUACUGUCAAGCUAAAGAAAGGUAUAAACGAAUAUCUGGAAGAGGACAGAUGGGAUUUAUGGUAUAGGUUCGUUGCCUUGAUGAACAACAAUAACACGAGAUCAUAUGAUAACUGUGUUGCUCUUUUUAAGGCCAAGAAACAAGAAAUAUUAACGCGGAAAAAAGCCCCUUCACCUCCUUGGGAAGAACCAGGCUUAGACGAUUAUGAAAGAAAACGCAGGAAGGUACAGCGAGAAUGGGAGAAAACAGAACGCGACAAUGCCCUCAGAAAUCAAAAAGGAUUCAGUGAAUUUCUAUACGAGACUGAGGGGAUUCCACAGUACGAAUAUGGUCCGGAUCUUGAAGAUACUUACAGGUUUCUCUUCGAUAUGAUGAAUACAAAAGAGUACGAUCAUCAAGCCUAUAAAGAUUCAUUAAGUAAAGAAGAACUUGCUGAGAUUUACUCAGAGGGUGAAGUAGAGGAGGAGCUUCGAGAAAGAGAGUUACGAAAACAAGGAAAAGAUUUAGUGAGCACACUAAAAAGAGCUGAAGAGUCUGGUGAUCCCACCUUUAAUCAGGUGCCUCCUAUAGACCACAUGCAAAACACUUUUGAUGAGCUCAUAAACUUGCCAAAUAAAGAAUUUUCCCACUACGAUACCGUGCCAGACUGGAUAAAAAACGACCCGACAAACCCAAUUAACUAUAAAACCUACUCCAAAAAAAUGGGAACCGACCUUGAAGACUCAAACUCGUUACCAAAUACUAAUGAGAACAAAGAUGGGUAUUUGGAUGAAAGUAAUGGGAAGUAUAAUUCUUUAAACAAUCAUAAUAGUGAUGUAAAUAAAGACAGCCAGUCAAUAGAAGCAUUCCAUAUGAAUCAAUCGCACAACAUUAAACAAUCCUUUCAAGAUUUGGAAAAGUCAGUUGCCAGAACUACAACAUCCUACGAUGAAAUUAACGACAGGAAAGGCCAACUCAGCAAAGCAGAACAGGCUCAGAAAAUGUGGCAGUAUUUUCUUCAUUUGAUGAAAGAGCGGCAUGAAAAAAAUAUCGAAAAGUUCACUUCUUUGAGUCCAUCGAGCAAGACGUUUACUGAAGGUGAAGCGAAGGCUCGGUGGUUGCAGUACGCAGCGUUUUUAUCAGGAGACUCGCCGAUAAAGAUGCCAGAGUCCGCUCCCAGUAAACAGGUCGAGGCACAGUCGAGGUCGGGCCAGGAAAGCAUUUCAGAUAUACCUUCUGUAGGCUGGAGAAAAUUUAUCCAACGUAUUGAAGCUCUGAGAAUGGACCCAACAUCAAAAAAUCAUUCUGCAGCUCAGUCACAACCAACGUUUCCUGGACAACCACCUCCUUCUGAGGGUGGGUAUGGCGACUGGCCUCCUUACCAGAACACCGCUAGCUACAACAACGCAGCUUCAACUACCUGGGAAAACUAUCCUCAACAACACUACCGAGAGCAGUACCCAUAUACUCAACCUUACACAGAUCCGGCUUCUAGACCACCACCUCGACGACAAGACCCAUACUACGGGCCCCCAGUCAACCAAGCGCAAAGACCUGGCUACGAACAUCAGCCGCAGCCCAGAGGCCUACAGGGCAUGAAUCAAUACAUGCAAUUUGCGAGUCAACGGGGUGACCAAUACGACCCGCAUGGCAGACCGCUGCCUCCAAACGUGUCCAUCAACCGAGCGUACAACGGCGCUGAUAUGGGAUUCCAAAACCCGUACUUUGUUCGUGCUAUGGAUGAAAGUGCAGCAUACAUUAACAACCAGUCUGAUCCGUAUACUGCUAACCGCUCACGGGUCGGUUGGCCUGGGGACCACAGUGAUAAGUUUCACAAUAGGAAAUAUUUCAUGCCUGAUAUGGGUGGCCAGCAAACUUACAUUCCGAGGGACUUCACCGGCCAACCAGGAGACCACAGCGAUAGAAAUUACAAUAGGUCAAAUUUUCGUAAUCCAAAUCUUAACUACCGAGGUGAUACGUUCAGUAAUCAGCCUUUUCCGAGAGCACCUGCGGAUCCUAACAAUAGAUCAAUUAGGAGUUGGCAGAGUGGUACGAGGCCAUUAGCUUCAUCUGGACUUCAAUCGGGACCAUCUAUUCCUACUGGUCCCAGCAAUCAACAAGAAAACUCAUUUGUAACAGAUAAACCAUCAUAUGCUGAUUAUAGCGGUGUUCCCAAGACCGACUCGUCCUGGCCAACAGGACCCUUUGAAAGAAAAUCUGAACAUGUAGAAUCUAGUCAGCCGAACUUCCAUGUUGAGCUGCCCGCAGAAAAUUCAUCAGUUGAUCCUACAAGUGAAGAGGAUUUUUAAAUUAUAUUUAAUUGUGAUUCUCGUGUUUGAUUUUCGUAGCAGGGUCAACCAAUAAAACAUAAAUUCAUUGAGAAAUUAAUGUCACUAUGUGUUAUUAUAAAGGUAUGAGGCCUUUACAGAGCUGUUUUUUUUAGUUCACGCUUAUAUGUGACUGAAAUUAAAACUAUUGUGUAUUGUUUCAUUCCAAACUUUUAUUUAGGUAAUUAAAAUUGUGUGUUAUAAUUA